UUCAGACACGGACGCUCUGUUAGUUUUGAUUGUUUUAGUGGAUAUCAAAGAAUCGGCGCUGCUUCCAUCACGUGCAACGAUGGUAAAUGGGAUAAUCGAGUUCCACUGUGUAAAGGUAAAAAAAAAAAAGGUGAUGGCGCAUAAGAGCCAAAGGCCCAAACGGCCGGAGCUUAUACCAGUUUUAUUAGCAUGAAGCACCUAGUAGUAUUGCUACUCCCCCCCUGGACGGGAUACUAGUCCAUCGCAGGGUUACCAACAGCGGUAUGCUGCCGGUACCCAUUUAUACACUUGGGAGACAAAGAGAGACAAAGAAACAAAGAGGAAAACCCGAAAAUUCCGGGAAGAACUCAAAUGGAACGCUUCCCAGUGGAAAUUUUCCGGAAAAAAAGUAAUACCUUUUGAGGUAUUACCUUUUUCCCGUUUUUACCGAAGCGACCGACAUUUUCUAUACCACUUGCUUGGAUUACCAGUGCCAGGCUUCAAGUCGAGAGAAAGCGAAAAAUUUACUGGUGUUUCAUAAAUUGUACAACCCAAUCCCGUUCCUGUUUUCGGUGCGAAAAAAAAAUACCAGUACCAUUUGACGGAAAUUUUUCGGCGAAAAAUUUCCGUACAAAUGGUAAGCGCUCAAAGUGGAGUAAACUUCCUUGUCUAAGGAAACAACGUAAAGGGCGGUGCUUGAACCCCGGACCUCCCAUCCGGAACUGGCAUGAGGUGUUAACCACUUAGCCACACAAGCCUCCACUGUGCACUGUGUAAAGGUUACAGAAAUAGUCCUUACUUUAUUUUAUACUGACUAAGAGAAGGCUGAAUGAAGAUAGGCAGAUGAAACAAUAAGUAAAUUAAGGUAUUAUUUUGUUUAAAGGUGUAAGGCAAUCAAUCCUUGGGAAAGUUCACAAGAAAAAAUACACUUCAUUUGAAACGUUGCCUUUGCAGGUGUUUGUGGAAGGCCACGUACUUCACUCAGGGUAAGAUUGCACGGAAACAGUUACCUCGAUGGAGACAAGGUUACAUUUUCUUGCAAUGGAAAUCACGAUUUGUUUGGGAAAGCCGAACUAAGUUGUGUUGGCCGAGCAUGGGAUUCCACCGUACCAGAGUGUAAA